AUGGCGAAGACCGCCGGUCACAAGGUAUCGUUGGUGGACCUCCCAGAGAAUGUCAUUCUGAAAAUUCAGGUCGCUGCAGGCGACCCUUCAGCCGUGUAUGGCCUGGAGGCUCUGGCAUGUUCAGCUUCAAGGACCACAGAAGCCGCCUGGGGAGCGGUCUUGGAGACCUUCUUCCCUUCUUUGUUCCUCAGGCUUUGCGCGGAGGACUUUGCUGGAAGCUAUAAACAAGUCUUCACGCGCCGCGCGCGUCGCGCCGAGGAGUGGCGCAAGCGAAAGCAAAAGCCCCGUAGCGACAGCUUCGAAGAGGCCAAGCCGACUGUGCCGACACCUACAAAGCAGAAGCCCCACAACAAGCUUCUUUUCGCGGACAACCGCCAGGGUCAUUUGGCCGACUCUACACUCGGGCUCAAGGUUUGCGGCCGUUGCGGCGAGAAAUACACCGCAUCGGCGAAUCGCGCAAGCAUGAGCUGCCACUACCACGAAGGGCUGCUGGUUCCUUACGGCCCAGAGGCAAGUGCCUUAACGCGGAGCGACCGACAGCAGAUUUCCAAGUGCGGUAAGUUUGCGCUGCGCAAGUGUGGGGGCGUAGCUGGCCGCAAGUCUCGUCAGGGUGGACGAGGACAUUGGACGAAAGGGCUAGGUCUCCCAGCAGUCGUGGCAGGCAAGGUAAUGGUGUGGGAGGAUGUUUGUGUCGGCCCGGGCGAAGUUCUUUGCGCUUG